ACGGUUUUGAGACACCGAUUUUCUCGCGCUUGUUGGCGGCCGCGAUCGGCUGAAGAUCAGUCUGGUAACGACAUCCGACGCGAGUGGACGCGACAAAACUUCCCGGGAGUUUAGUGGCGAUUCGUGCUGAGCCUAGUGGUUUUUUGGACCGUUUUUUUUAUUUGGGACCUUACAGCGAGAAGACCUCUUCGUGCGGUGUGGUCUAGGUGUGGCGAUUGGAAUUCGCUGGAAGAUUUACUACUGUUGGUGCUGCCGUUGUGCCCUUAGCAGAGAGUUCGGGAAGCAUCAUUGUGACAGAGUGUGUGGCCCUUGAGUGCAGUGUUUAACGAGGUGAAGCAAGAAGCUAAUUGAAAAACAAAAGUGAACAAUUUGGAAGAGCACGAUCCGUUCCAUCUGACACGGUGUAAUUACCUGGCUGGGAAAAGUGUCUCGUGAUGCUGUGGAUGGCUCACGGAAAGAUGAAACUCGUUUGCAUUUUUGCGCUUCUAUUGGCGCUGGUGUCGGCUAGUUCAACCACUAGCGACGAAUCCAAAGACGUCGAAGCGGAUGUGAAACGAAUACGGAUAGAUCCGGCCUUGCGGAAGGCACUGCUGCGUGCCCUGCGACACCUCAAGGAACGCCAGGAGGAGAGCGAAAGCGAGAGCGAACAACAGUACGACUCGAACACCACCGAGGAAAACUUCGCCACCACCAUUCUGGACGAGAUCCUCGAGGAAAGUACAACGCGCGAUCGCAACACCAACAUCAAGUAUCACACGUUCACGGCCGAUUCGGACAACAGCUCGAACGGUGAAAACGAAAUCAUCAAGACGAUCAUCAUUAGCAAACCCAAAACGACUCUGUCUCCACCGAAGGAAGAUCCCCUGACCAUCCCGGAUCCAAUCAAGGAUCUGGAUAACGACUUGAAUACGAACCAGGUUGCUCGCAGCGUUUCAUCCGGAUCGAGCAAUCAACUCCAGAACGACGAGAAGGUUUCGAUCGUCACGGCCUUGCCUAGCAGUAGUACGACUCAAGAAACGGCUUCUGCCCCAACCACUACCACUGCUCCACCGACUACGACAAUCAAGCUCCCGACUCACAACUCCGACGGCGAAAACAUCGAACGAGUCAAAAGCGAAGACGUCAAGAUCUACCAGGCUCCUCUAGUGGCUGCCUUCACUGUACAGCAAGACCAACUGGGCAUCCCUCACAAUGUGAUCCCCCUGCUACAGGCUCCCCCUAAGAAAGUUCCCGUAGACUUCCGACCAUCAACUCCAAUUGCUCCAACCACCAAUUCAGCAACUCAAGUCCCCUCAGCGCCCAACCCCACGCAACCCACAGCUACCGUUGCCCCGAUCCCUCUGAACACCAAAUCACUCGAAGAAAAAACUCGCCUUCUUGAGCAACAGCUCAUCACUCUGCAGACGCAACAGCGCAUCCAAGAGCAGCUGCUGCGAUCGAAGAUCCUCCAAGAGCAACAGAUCAUCCUGCAACAACAGCAGCAACUUCAACAUCAACGUGCCCGCCUCGAGGAAGAAACACGACUACGAUUGCAAAAGUUCGAAGAGGAACAGCGUCUCUUCCGCCAACAGCAACAACAACUCCAGCAACAGCAACAACAGCUCAAGUUCCAACAGCAACAGCAGCAACAACUUUUCAAACCAUUCCCCAACCAACAACUUCCCAGCAACCUCCCACCACCACAGUUCCAGCAACUUCAGCACCAACCACAACAACUUCAGCAACCUCAGCAAUUGCAGUCACAACAACAGUCCAAGCCCGCCAUCAUUCCUCUGCAACCUCUGCAACCCCAACAACCCCAGUUCUUCCAAGAGCUCCCUCGUCAAACCCCGGCCGUCCAGUUCAUCCCCAGCGUGUCCUUACCCAGCAAAACCAUCCCCAUCUCCGUGGAACAACAGCUUCCGUUCAAGGAAGCCGUCAACUUCCAAUCGAUCCUCCCUCGAAACCCCGACAUCGAACAAAUCAAAUCCCUCAGCCAACCUCUCCAGCAGUUCCCCAUCAUCCCGCCUUCGCCUCCCCAACUCUCCAAACAGCAGCUCCUCCCCCUGAAACCGUUCCAAUCCUUCAACGUGAACCCAGUGCAGGCCCCGCUCAACAUCCAAGGCCCUCUACCUAUCGACCAGCAGCUUCCUCACCUCCAGCGCACCCGCGUCUUCCGCCACGAAACCGGAACCGGCAACUUCGGCUUCAACCAGCAACCCAACGUCCCGUUCCGUCCCUCCCAACCGAUCCCACUCACCGGCUUCCAGCCACUGCGCAGCGACAACCAGCUCCAGAACCUCCUGGUCCAGUCCGGUAUCACGUCCCGUUCGGCCGAAGAUUUCAACAUCAUCACCAAGGUGCUGGCCCUGAACCACGGAAUCCCCCAGUCCUCCUCCCAGCAGAUGUUCGCCAAGCUCAGCCCCGAACAGCAACAACAGCUACUGUUCCGAAAAAAGUAGGCCAUGCUUCCGCCCCCUCUCUUUUCCUCUCCUCCCAUCCCGCCACCCCUAACACAACACACGCAUGCGAAUGAGUUCCCGAGAUGAGUGACACCGCCCGAGUGAACGACGGAUGAGUGAAUGCGAGAGUCGCCAGUGACCUAGUCUGCCAUAUUUAUUGUGUGAGCGAGUGGAGAGCGCGUUUCUUAGCACACAGCAACAACCCCACACGACCUCAGUUUCACGUUAGCCGCAGCUGCUUUCCCUACCACCCGCUCUUCUAACCCAGAUCCCCCAUUUCACUCAUUUGUCCUGCCCUAUCAUCUCUAUCUUAUUCACCCAAGUAAGUUAUUUCUUAGAUACAGAGAAAGAGUAAGUUUAACGUUGAACCAUUCGUCAUUGAAAUCAUUGCCAUCAUCAAGAAUUUAAAAGCAGUUUUCUUGUUCAAAACAAAAGAUUUUGCCAUGAAAAUGUAUUCACUGCAUUCCACAUGAGGAAUGGAAUACAGUGAAUAUAUUUUCGUGGUCAUUGUUUUGAUUUACAGUGAAAAAACUGCUUUUCGUUUUCCGAAAAAUGAUGACGAAUGCUUGAGCCUUAACAUAGCAGCGCGAUAUCGAUCGGCGGGAAGUUCAUCCAAUAAGUAAGUUUAACGUUCCACCACCACCAACCACCAACCCUCCAUUGCAACUCAAUGUAACACGUCUAGAUAAUCUAACACUUCACAAAUCAACACAAAUGACCAUACGAACGAAUAGACGGAUUUAAAACGAGAGAGAGAGUUAUAGAAAUGCCACGAUUGGCGUUUGGAACGGUGCGAUGACGGCGCGGUGGGUCGUAUAUAGAAUUUUCCCAGUAAGGUUUACUAAUAAUUUAUCGAAAAUAAAUGACACACUUUUUU